AUGUCGACUAGUAUUCAAGUCAUUUCACCAAGUACUCAGAAACUUCUUUUUGAGGUGCCUACCUUAACUAAGGAUCAAGUGAAUGAAGCAGUUCAAAAAUCAGUAAUAGCUUUCUCUCAAUGGAAGAAAGUCCCUGUUCCUGCCCGAGUCUCUAUCAUGAAAAACUUUUGUCUUUUAUUUGAACAAAAGAAAGACAAGAUAGCCGCAUCCAUUACUUCUCAAAUGGGUCGCCCAAUUCGUUAUAGUCAGGGUGAAGUGAAAGGUGUCCUUGAAAGAGCUAAUUAUAUGAUUUCAGUUGCUGAAGAAUGUUUAAAGGAUGAAAUGAUUGAAUCUAUUCCGGGGGUUAUUAAAAGGUUCCAGCGUAAGGAGCCUUUAGGUCCUGUUUUCUUGAUUGCUGCUUGGAAUUAUCCUUAUUUAACAACAGUAAAUAAUAUCAUCCCUGCUUUACUUGCUGGAAAUACAGUUCUCUUGAAGCAAUCACCUCAAACUCCUCAGUGCGCUGAUAUCUUUGUUGAAACCUUAAGAGAAGCAGGUAUACCUCAUGAUGUAGUUCAAGCUAUUCAUGUUCAGGAUACGGAAGCUAAUUAUCUUGUACAACAUCCUUCCAUUCAAUUUGUCAAUUUUACUGGUAGUGUUGCUGUAGGCAAGAAGAUUAGACAAGCUAUUGGUGACAGUCAACAUCUUAUAGGUUCUGCAAUGGAAUUAGGUGGGAAAGAUCCUGCUUAUGUAUUACCAGAUACUGACUUGGAUUUUGCUGUUGAAAAUAUUGUUGAUGGUGCAUUCUUCAAUUCUGGACAAUGUUGCUGCUCUAUUGAGCGUUGUUAUGUACAUGAAAGUAUCUAUGAUCAAUUUGUUGAGAAAUCAGUAAAAAUUGCCAAGAAUUAUAUUUUAGGUGAUCCUAAUGAUUCAAAAACAACAUUAGGUCCAAUGGCUAAUAUUAAAUUCGCUAAUACUGUCAGACAUCAUAUUCAAGAUGCUAUUGAUAAAAAUGCUAAAGCUCUCAUCAAUACAAAAGAAGAAUUCCCUAAUGAUAAAGAAGGAACUGCAUAUGUUAGUCCUCAAAUUUUAGUGGAUGUAAAUCAUGAUAUGCUUGUCAUGAAGGAGGAGACAUUUGGCCCAGUAUUGACAAUUAUGAAAGUGUCGUCUGAUGAGGAAGCGGUCCAUUUAAUGAAUGAUUCCCAAUAUGGGUUGACAGCUAGUAUUUGGACUUCAGAUGUUGAAAAAGCUAUAGAAAUUGGUGAUCAAAUUGAAACCGGUACUUGGUUUAUGAAUCGUUGCGACUAUAUCGAUCCUGCUUUAGCCUGGGUAGGAACUAAAGAGAGUGGAUUAGGGUUUUCUAUGAGUAAACAAGGAUUUAAUCAGUAUACUAGUAUGGGUAUUCCCAAGUUUUUCAGAUGGAUUAGUGAACGUUAUCCCAUGUGCUCACAACUGAUUACUGACAAUAGUAUUCCAGAAUUCGAUAAUUUAUACCUGGAUAUGAAUGGCAUUAUUCAUAAUUGUUCACAUAACAACAACACGAAUGCCCACUUCCGAAUUACGGAAGAACAAAUUUGGAUUGGAGUGUUUAAUUAUAUUGAUCAUCUGUUUUCCAAAAUCAAGCCCAAGAAACUAUUUUUCUUAGCUAUUGAUGGUGUUGCGCCAAGAGCAAAAAUGAAUCAGCAACGUUCGCGUCGUUUUCGUACUGCACGAGAUGCAGAAACGCUUAAGCAAAAAGCUCUUGAAAGAGGUGAAGAAUUACCUGAAGAAGAAGCUUUUGAUUCCAAUUGUAUCACACCAGGUACUCAGUUUAUGAAAAGACUAAGUUUGGAGUUACGUUAUUUUAUUUCUAAAAAGGUGACGGAGGAUGCUAAUUGGAGAAACGUUGAGAUUGUAUUGUCAGGCCCUGAAGUACCUGGAGAAGGCGAGCAUAAAAUCAUGGAAUAUAUCCGUCUAACUAAAUCACAGCCAGAUUACAAUCCUAAUACUAGACAUUGUCUUUAUGGUUUAGAUGCUGAUUUGAUCAUGUUAGGGUUACUAAGUCAUGAUCCUCACUUUGCUUUAUUACGUGAAGAAGUUGUUUUUGGUAAAAAAGGACAAAAAAGAAAACAAAACCUUGAUAACCAAAAUUUUUAUUUAAUGCACUUAUCAUUAAUGAGAGAGUAUAUGAAUCUAGAAUUUAAUUCAAUUAGCAAUUCUUUAUCUUUUCCUUAUGAUUUUGAACGUAUUUUGGAUGAUUUUAUCUUGUUAGCUCUUUUUAUUGGUAAUGAUUUCUUACCUAAUCUACCUAAUCUUCACGUUAAUGAAGGCGCAUUGGGUCUUGUGUUUAGAGUAUACAAGGAUGUUUUACCUACAUUUGAAGGCUAUAUUCAAGAUGGUGGACGUGUGGAUAUGUCUAGACUUCAGAAAGUUCUGGAUGGUAUUUCUGAAGUCGCAGAAAAAGAAGCAUUUGAGCUUGAAUUAGUUGAUUCAUUGUACCUUGCUGGUAAGCGUGAAAAUGGGCAAACUGAACGUCAAUUAUUACAUGAAUUGGAGAAAAAAAAGGCCAAAGAAGGCAAAUUAGUAAUGACAGAUAGACAAGAAAUCAUUUUCCGUCAAGUGAAUAACUACUUGUUAAGUGAAAAACCUGGCAAAGGUACUACGCUUCAUUUUGAUAUGCCUUUCAGAGCCCGUGAUAAAAGAUUUCUUAUUAAGCUUGCUCAAGAAUUGAAUAUCACAUGUCACAUUGACUAUGAUGAGACCGACAAAUCUACAUAUGUAGAGCUCUCUUUUGAUUCGGACGAUUCGGAUGAUGAUAAUGAAGAAUCAGAAGUUGAUGAAGAAGCAAUUGCUGCUCGUGAUCGUGUCUUGAAGAAAUAUGAGAAUGCUGAAAUUAUCUCGGAUAAUCUGACUAAAGAAGAGAUUGAACGUGAAGAAAAAGAAAAGUAUGAAGCAGGUUUAAAAGAAUGGAAAGCCAAUUAUUAUAAAGAAAAGAUGAAUAUUGAUUAUAAUGAUCAGAAGGAAAUCGAUGCUAUUGUCGGUGCCUAUGUCGUUGGUAUUCAAUGGGUGCUCAAGUAUUAUUAUGAAGGUGUCGCUUCAUGGGGCUGGUUUUAUCCGUAUCAUUUUGCUCCCAAGAUUUCAGAUCUCAAAAAUAUUACUCGUUUUCAAGAUUAUGAAUUUACUAUCGGUGAACCUUUCAAACCCUUUGAACAAUUAAUGGGGGUUUUGCCCAGUUUGAGUAGAAAGCUUUUACCUGCUGCCUAUCAGGAUUUAAUGGUGGAUGCUAACUCACCUAUCAUUGAUUUCUAUCCUCGUGAUUUUGAACUCGAUAUGAAUGGAAAGAAGCAAGACUGGGAGGCUGUUGUUAAAAUUCCUUUUAUUGAUGAAAACCGUCUUCUGGCCGCUAUGAAGAAUCGAGAGCAUCGUUUAACUAGAGAGGAAAAAUCCAUGUCCCAAUUUGGCCCUAGUUAUAAAUAUACCUUUGACAAAGAAUUAGCAAAGAAGGAUCCUGAAAAUUUACCUGUUUAUCCUAGUCCCUUGCCAGGUGUUUUCCCUGACAUUCACAAUUGUCUUGCUCGAGAGGAUAUUUUUAAUUUGCCUAAUUUGUCAGAUAACGAUCUGAAAUUGAGAAAGGGUCUUCUUCCUGGUGCUAAAGUUGGAAAGGAUGCUUUAGCAGGCUUCCCAUCCCUUCAAACAAUUCCAUUCAGUCAUGAAAUCAAGCAUCACGCUGUUCACGUAUUCCAACAAGAUAGUCGUAAUGAAUCAAUGAUUAUCUCAAUUAAAAACAAAUAUCAACAUGCUAAUAUUGAAGAGAUUGCUAAGCUUUUCCUUUAUCGCAGUAUCUACGUCCAUUACCCUUAUUUAAAAGAGGCUGUCGUUAUUGGUGUCUCUGAUGCUGAAAAGAAAUAUUAUGUUAGUUUCCGUCAUGGCAAAAAGCAAAUUCUAGAACAUUAUUGGGAUGAAAAAGAAAGAGAAUCAUGGGAGACACGCAUGGGCCGUGCUGAAUACUUACCUAGUAAGCGUUUUGGUUUAUUAGUAGGUGAAAUUAACAUCGGCUUCCAUGUCUGUGUCUUGAAUGGCAUGCAUCAAACUGAAGAAGGCGCUUUAGUUAAAGAGUUCGUUAAUCCUAGUUUGGAAGACCUUGUGCCUAUUCAGACAGUUGUUAUUAAAGUAAAUAAUCCUGAUCCUCGUUUUAUCGAGAAGCCUGCUCCUCCUGUACACAAGGCUUUCCCUCUCAAGUCUACCAUCUUCUUUUUGGGUAGCAAAUUUUUAGGUACCCAAGCUACAGUUGUAGGACAUAGCCAUCAUAAUGUGGACAUUGAAAUGACGAUUCCAGUGGACGAAAGAUUUCAAUAUGAACCUGAAUUUGGUCAUGAAUGGGUUCAAAAGCAAGAACAUGAUAUUCAUUAUGAACCAUCUAAUAAUGUUGCUCGUGAGCUUAAUCUUACACCUUUAGCUCUAUCUAAAUUAACAUCCUCCUUGACUAUCAAUGAUAAUUCUGGACAACGUAUUAAUGUUGGUUUGAACUUGAAGUUUGAUGCUCGUGGUGAGAAGGUAUUAGGGUAUACUCGAAAGCAUCCUAAUGGCUAUUGGGAAUAUUCAGAUGCUGCUAUUCGUCUUAUUCGUGAAUACUGUGAAAAGUUUCCCAACUUUAUCAAUUUACUUAAAACCCAAAAAGGAAAUGGUAUGCUUAGCAUUGAAGACUUUGGUUGGACUACAGAAGGCACCAAUGAGCUUCGUCAAAUGAAGGAAUUUGUAAAGCAAAAAGGUGCAGAUAAUUUGAUUAGAGCCAGCCUAGAAACUGAAGAAUUGGAGGCACCUUAUUGUCAUGAAAUUGAAAAAGCUGCAAUUCAAUACCAUGAAAUGUAUGAAGAACUUGAUAUCAAAAAAUGCAUUAUUCGGGGAGUUCCUCGUAAGGUUUUAUUGAAGCCUGCUGAUGCUGGAAUGCGUCUUAAUUAUCAAACCUUCUCAUUGGGCGAUCGUGUUAUUUAUGUUUGUGAUUCUGGUGCAGUACCUCUCGGAAAUAAGGGAACGGUUGUUGGUGUUCAAGAAAAGGCAGUUGAUGUCAUUUUUGAUACUACGUUCAUGGGAGGCUCUACACUUGGUGAUAGGCAAAUUUUUAAUAUUGAAUCAUUGAAUAGAUGUUCGAAUUUCCGUGGAGCAACACUUCCUUAUUCUAGUCUUCUCAAUAUUAGUAACCCUUCUCAUCAAAAUACAUUUAAAGGAACCAAUAAUUCAACCUCAACCCGUAAUAGUAACAAUCAUGAUUCCGGCCAUGGUGGACGUGGUGGUGGUAGUAGUAGUAGUAAUGGUAGCAAUAAUAGAGGAUUCAGGGGUGGCCGCGGCCGUGGUGGAUUUAGAGGAAGAGGAAGAGGCAAUACUGAUUAUCGUUCUUAA